GAUCCUUGGAGGAGACAGUGUGUUCAGGAUGUGGCCACAGGUUGUUUUGAUCGGAUCCCUCGCCUUGGCUUCGGCCCACGCCCAAGCCCACCCCGGCCCCGCCCACCCCGGCCCCGCUCACCCCGGCCCAGCCCAUCCCGGCCCAGCCCAUGUCAGUCCCUCUCACCCACAUCUGGCCGCUCAUGUCAGCCCACACGCCCCUAACCAGGCCGCCCAUGCCUUCCCCGCCCAUGUCAGCCCAUCUUUCCCACAUCUAGCUGCUCACGUCAGCCCACAUGCCCCUAACCAGGCCGCCCACGCUUUCCCCGCCCACGUCAGCCCAUCUUUCCCUCAGCUGGCCGCCCAUGUCAGCCCACACGCCCCUAACCAGGCCGCCCACGCUUUCCCCGCCCACGUCAGCCCAUCUUUCCCUCAGCUGGCCGCCCAUGUCAGCCCACACGCCCCCCACCAGGCUGCCCACCCCCUCCCCCCCGGCGUGGACCCCUCCUGUGCCGGCAAAUAUCCCUUCUGCGACUAAUCUCUUGACUGCGGAUUUCCUACAAGAAGACCUCACCAAGCUACAGGAGUGGAACAAAAAGUGGCUGCUACAAUUCAAUGAAGAAAAAUGUGAAGUCCUGCACCUUGGGAGGGGAAAUCCAGCACACCAAUACCACAUAGGAAACACUUCACUAUCCACCACAGAGCCGGAUCAAGACCUGAGAGCAUAUGUAACCAGGCUACCGGUGAAGGCGAAAUCCGUGCCAAUCGCAGCGGACGGGUUAGGAAAAGAAGGAAAACAUAUGUGAUAACGAGAAAUACGACAACAUCAAGAUAACGAAGGAAAGGCUGAAGGAAAGCGAGAAGAUAAGAAUUUUGAGGGAAGAGGAGAAUACAAGGAUGAAUAACCAGAAUAAAAGAAAAUUGGAGAGAUGAAAAUUGAAUACGAGAAAAAUUGAGAAUAGAGAGAUUGAUGUAAAGCGUGUCAAGAGCAAAGGAUAAUAAGAUAAUUGAACCUGAAUUAAGUAACAGCGAUCAAUCAUAAGUAAGAAUCGUUGUUCAGAAAUGCAAAGAAAGAAGUGAGAGAGAGGGAAAGAUGAAAAAGGAGAGAGAGAGAGAGAGAGAGAGAGAGAGAGAGAGAGAGAGAGAGGUGUAAGUGUGUGUGUGUGUGUGUGUGUGUGUGUGUGUGUGUGUGUGUGUAUUUAUAUAUGUUAAAGAAAUAAAAUAAAGCAUAAUACAUCAAC